ACCGACCAUGGGCGCAGGCAGAACGCGAAUUGCUGCCCGCGCCCGAAGCCCCCGACCGCGCCCACAUGCUAUGACGAGCAGCGGGACUGCGACACCACCACGCCAUGCAGUGCUACACCGAGAUCGCGCCGCCGACGGCCGUCAGCCAUGCCGUCCACCUUCCGUUCGUCGCGCCGCGGGCGCACAAUCUGGUCGUCGCAAGGAACGCGCUGCUGCAGAUCUUCGAGCUCAAGUCGACGGUGACGGAUGCUGCCCCAAGUGACGACGCGGCGGAGAACGCGGGCCCGCUGCUCGACACCGAGGCGGCGGACCUGCCCGUGCAGCGGACAGAGAACACGGCCAAGCUGGUGCUGGUGGGCGAGUAUCCCCUCGCCGGCACCGUGCUGUCGCUGGCGCGGGUCAAGGUGCUCAACACAAAGUCGAGGGCGGAGGCGUUGCUUGUGGCCUUUCGAGACGCAAAGCUCAGCUUAGUGGAAUGGGACCCGGAGACGUACAACCUCCAUACCAUAUCAAUACACUACUAUGAGAAUCCAGACUUGCCUGGGAUAUCGCCCUGGUCCACUGACCUCAAAGACACGUAUAAUUUCUUGACGGCAGAUCCCAGCAACAGAUGCGCUGCCCUCAAGUUCGGCGUGCACAAUCUUGCCAUUCUGCCCUUCAGGCAGCGCGACGUCUUCGACGAGGAAGAUGACUUUGACGCGGAUGCUCAGAAGGACACCAAGAUGCAAGAUGCGAACGGCACUGAGCCCGAGCAAAAGACGCCCUAUUCUGCCUCCUUUGUGCUGCCUCUCACCUCCCUCGACCCGACCUUGACCCAUCCCGUGCACCUCGCCUUCUUGCACGAGUCUCGCGAGCCCACCUUUGGUAUCAUCGCCUCGUCAAAAGCCACCGCGCCGUCUUUGCUCCCCGAGCGGAAAGACCACCUCACCUAUACCGUCUUCUCCCUCGACCUAGGAGACAAAUCGUCCACUACCCUUCACACCGUGCAAGGCUUGCCCUACGACCUCACAAGCGUCGUGCCCCUGCCAUCGCCAAUUGGCGGGGCGCUGCUGCUCGGAAGCAACGAGAUCAUACACGUCGAUGUGGCUGGCAAGACAACCGGAGUGGCUGUGAAUGAGUUCGCAAAGUCAAGCACAGCUUUCUCGUUAAAAGACCAAACGGAUCUUGCUCUGCACCUCGAAGGCUGCAGCAUCGAGCUCUUGUCUCAGGAUUCAGGCGACGUUCUCAUCAUCCUCAACGAUGGCAGACUUCUCACCCUGACCUUCACCCUCGAUGGCCGGACUGUGUCAGGAAUGACUGUCCAACGCGUCGCUGCCGAACAUGGCGGUCAAGUUCUCAAGUCGGCACCAUCAUGCAUCUCAAACUUGGGGCGUGGAAGAAUCUUCGUUGGCAGUGAAGACGGCGACUCUGUCCUCCUAGGCUGGCAAGCUGCAGGUAGAUUCGGCGCGCUGGGCAGGAAGGCCUCGGAAGUUGGGACGGAUGACGAUAUGGACGUUGACGAGGACGAAGAGGUUGACGACCUUGACGAUGAUCUCUACAAUGAUACGGCACCGGCAGUAAAAAAAAUCACUGCGGCCGCUGCCGAACCCACCGCUCCAGGCAGCUACACAUUCAGGAUACACGAUACUCUGCCAAGUAUCGCCCCGAUAAAGGAUGUCAUCUUGCACACAGAUGCUGCAGCGCAGUACCCUACGACCGGCGAAAUCAUGGUCGCAUGCGGACGAGGUGCUGCUGGAAACGUUACUGCCCUCAACCGCGAAAUAAGUCUCACAAAUCUCGCUCAAAUUGAUUUCCCUUCUGCAAAGGGCCUAUGGGCUGUACACGCAAGGAAGCAGGCCCCUGGCGGGAUCACAGCCGACUUCGGCGAAGACACAGAGGCGAACUUCUCUGUAGACGCUGAUUACGAUCAAUACCUAGUUGUUAGCAAAACGGAUGAAGAGGGCAAUGACAACACAGUCGUGUACGAGGUCAGCGGCAAAGAAUUGGAAGAGACUAGCAAAGGCGACUUCGAAAGAGAAGAAGGCUCAACCCUGAGUGUCGGUACGCUUGCAAAAGGGACUAAGAUCGUCCAGAUCAUGCAAAGCGAGGCCAGGACUUAUGACUCUGAGUUGAACAUGGAGCAAAUCAUCACCAUGGAAGACGAGGAUGGCAACGAAGGUCUCCGUAUCAUCAAUGCAACCUUCGCGGAUCCGUACAUGCUCAUUCUGAGAGACAACUCCAGCGCCAAAUUGUACAAAGCCAGCGGCGAUGGGGAAGUAGAAGAAGUCGAAGCCGAUGGGCUUACUUCGACCCGAUGGUUGUCCGCGUCCUUGUACAAAUCCUCAGCCUCUGGUGAAAUCUAUGCAUUUCUCUUGACGCACCAGGGUGGCCUGCAUGUCUUUGCCACGUCCGACAUGAGCAAACCAGCAUACGUGGCCGAAGGUCUCGCUUUCCUCCCUCCAUUCCUGACCGCAGAAUACUAUCCAAAAAGAAAUACAUCCAAGGCGACCAUCACCGAGAUCAUAGCCGCCGACAUUGGCGACUCGACGUCGCGAUCGCCACAUCUCGUUGUGCGCAACUCUACGGAUGAUCUCAUCAUAUACAAGGCUUUCCACUACCCUGCUAGAUCAGCCUCUGAACCAUGGACGACCAACCUGAGAUGGAUCAAGCUUUCCCAGCAGCACCUUCCAAAAUACACAGACGAACUGGAUGCGUCAGAUGAUGAAGCCGGAUUAAGAAACACUCUGGUAGCGUUGGAUGAUGUGUGCGGUUACAGCACGGUGUUCCAGAAAGGCACAUCUCCUGCCUUCAUCCUCAAGGAAGCUUCCAGCGCGCCCCGCGUUAUUGGCUUGCAUGGUAAAGCCGUCAAGGGAUUAACGCGGUUCAACACAUCUGCCUGCCAGAAGGGGAUUGCGUACCUCGACGCUGACGGCACCAUGAGGAUAUCGCAGCUUCCGGCUCAGACCCACUAUGGCCACCUUGGAUGGGCCGCGCGCAAGAUGCCCUUGGGCUCCGAGAUCUACGCGUUCUCGUACCAUCCUAGGGGCUUAUACGUUGUCGGCACCGGCCAGCAAGAAGAGUAUAUGCUGCAAGAUGAUACCUACCACUACGAGUGGAAGCCAGAAGACAUAACCUUCAAGCCGCACGUCGAAACUGGCAUCCUCAAAGUCAUCGACGAACAGACCUGGUCCGUCAUCGACACCCACGUGCUCGACCCCCAAGAAGUCAUCCUCUGCAUCAAGACGCUCAACCUCGAAGUCUCCGAAACCACACACGAGCGCAAACAACUCAUCGCCGUGGGGACGUCCACUGUCCACGGUGAGGACCUAGCGACCAAGGGGUGCAUCCGCAUCUUCGAAGUCAUUACCGUAGUGCCCGAGCCCGCCCGCCCAGAGACGAACAGGCGGCUGCGCCUCAUCGUGAAAGACGAGGUCAAGGGCGCCGUGUCCGCCGUCUCGGAGCUCGGCACGCAAGGCUUCCUGAUCAUGGCGCAGGGUCAGAAGUGCAUGGUGCGCGGGCUCAAAGAGGAUGGCACGCUGCUCCCCGUCGCGUUCAUGGACAUGCAGUGCUACGUGACGUUCCUCAAGACGCUUCCGGGCACAGGCAUGCUCAUGAUGGGCGACGCCUUCAAGGGCCUCUGGUUCACGGGCUACACCGAAGAACCCUACAAGAUGCUCCUCUUCGGCCGCUCGAAGAACCACCUCGAAGCCCUCACCGGCGACUUCCUGCCCCACACGCCCUCCAAAUCCCUCGCCCUCCUCGUCGCGGACGCAGACAGCAACAUCCACGUCCUCGCCUUCGACCCGGAAAACCCAAAGUCCCUCUCCGGCCUGCGCCUCACGCACCGCGGGACGUUCCACACGGGCCACUUCCCCGCGACAACGCACCUGCUGACGUCGUCGCUCGCGAUCCCGACGGCGCCGAGCUCGACGUUCGACAACCCCGUCGACGACGACGCCGCGACUGCAAGCCAGGAGGCCUCGACACACCAGGUCCUGCACACCAGCCAGUCCGGCACCCUAGCACUCAUCACACCCCUCUCGGAAGCCACAUACCGCCGUCUUGCAAGUCUGACAACCUACCUCGCGAACACGCUGGACUCGGCGUGCGGGCUGAAUCCCAAGGCAUGGCGCGUGGGCGGCGGGGAGGUCGGCGAGGGCGGCAAGGGCGGCAUGUUGGAUGGAAACUUGAUCAUGCGGUGGGGGGAGCUGGGGCAUGCGAAGCAGCGGGAGGGGCUGGGCAAGGUGGGUGGGGAGGGCGAGGAAUGGGUGUUCGAGGGGGAGCGGGAGGUGUUGGGAGGAUGGGGGAUUUUUGGACGGAGGGGAGGGGCGCUGUGA